UAGGCCGCGUACUGUGAGUGUAGCAAGGCUCAGCCUUCACUGAUGUCUUUGUUUACUUAAUGGAUGUAGAUAAUGCAGAGGUUCGCUUGUCUAAGAUGAUUGUUUGUCCUUAUGCAAAUGAAUGUUUACAACGUAGGCAAGUAUUACGCUAGUCGCACAUUGGCUUGCACACGUACAAGGAGAAAACUCUGUCUGAACGACUUUUUUACAAGAAAGGAACAGAAAGAGGUACCUCACUACCUAAAGUCAGUUUUAGAGACAAUACCGAAGUUUCAACAGGUGUAUCAAAACCACGCAAAAUGAAGUUCAACAAAACGGAAACGGAGUACAACAUGAAAUCUGUAAAAUUUUUGUUGUUGACGAUCACAUCAAUGUUUAUUAUAAUUGCCGCUCUGAUGAUCGUGUUGGGAUUCUCAGUGUACUCCCAUUACCACACAUUCUCGUUCUUCUACGAGAGUGCCCAAAGCGGGAGAUUGUUCACUCCUUCCUUGCUCUGCAUUCUCUUGGGGAUGUUCCUACUCAUUGUCACAAUGUUUGGAUUUUUCGGCAGCUUGAAGCAGAGCACUUGCUUAGUCAAUUUGUAUGCACUGAUUUUGGCAAUAAUGCUUAUUCUGAAGUUGGUGGUAAUCAUUUUGGCGUUCACGCUAGACUCGAGCACAAUACACGGCAUGAUGUACAUACCAGCGUGGGAUUACGCGGCAGACCCUGAGAUCGAAAUGGAAAUGGAUCGACUUCAAAUAUCCCUCAACUGCUGUGGAAGCGACUCGGUGUUUGACUACAUCGAUGUGCCGUUCACAAGCAACCACUCUACAACUAUUGUGAGCACAAAUAUUGUAGGGCCGCCUAUGGAUGUUGUAGUGCCUGAGUCCUGCUGCGUCUCGCCCGGCGGAGAGUUCUGCCACAGACACAGGGAACGCGGCUGUAGAACCGCGCUGGUCAAUCUGUUCUCACAGAACGCAACAGUGAUCGGUGUGAUGGGAGUGUCUGUUAUGUUUAUACAGCUAUUGGGGAUUAUAUUUUCGCUACUGCUAGCCAGAUGCAUCCGCAAAGUGAAGAGCGAAAGAGGUUUAAUGUCAUGGCGGAUCAAGGAGCAAAUGAUCAUGGCGCGCGAAGACGCGAAGAAGCAAGAUGACAACAAAAGUGUUGACGACAGCGUUUAUAUACCACCCCAUGAGUCUAGCACAGCUUAAACUCACUAGAAAAAAGCCUGUAGAUGUCAGACCUUCGUAAUUUUUUAAAAGUUGAAAGUUUGUUAGCCUAUGCUUCUACCACCAUACCUGACAAUAAUAAGUAAGCUAAGCAACUUAUGAGUUUCUAUCAUGGCGAUUUUAGGUAUAGAUCAUCCAAAUAUAAGCGUAUUUAAAUAAUAUGCGAAGGGAUGGGAUGGCAUGAUGUUUUUUUUUUAAUUGUACAUAAAUUAAGAGAAUUAACAGUAAUUUUGUAGAAGUAACAGGGUAUCUGCGAUGAUUAUUUUUGGAGCUACAGGAAUUAAAAGGGUCAUAUUAGCGGCGCUGACACGGAUCGCUCAAAAAAGCAUACAAAAUGGCACGAAUCAAUAACGUUAUCGAUCGCUACAUUUUGAUCGUUGAUCGUUAUAUUUGUAUUGGCGUUCAAGCAAAAUUACAUAUUUCUUUGUUAUUUGUGCGUUUAUGUUUAUAUUUAUAAAAUUCACAUUGCAUGUUAGGAAGCUAAAAAUAUAAAAAAAUUCGUCUCAUUACGAUAAGUAAAGCAUUAUUAAUUGAUUUUGAACUAUUCUUUUCUAAGCCACCAUGAUCCAAACUCUACAAUUAUAUACUCGUGCGUAUUAACUUGUCACCUACCACUACCUAACACAUCCAUACAAACACAGUACAAACAUCAUUCGAGCCAAGUGUCAAGGCAAACGCACGAACUGUACUUACCUAAGGUGAGAACAUGAGCUGGUAAAAUUCCUGCUAGCUAGUAAAUACCUUUCAGCUUUUAUAAAUUAUGGAAGGUCUGGAUCGCACAGUCUAUUAGCCCACAAAUGUAAAUUGUGACUGUUUGAAUGCUUUUCCAACAUGCCUUAUAUACUCAGAGGCACAAUUAUCCGCCCACUUAUGCCUCUGAGUAUAUAUUAACGGUCAGGCUCCCAGGCCUGUCUGAUUCUUCAAUAACUGCAGUAAUGUCGUCGGUUUGCCAUUUUUCGUCCGUUGAAUAAAAUAUUUGAACUUUGUAGGCAAUAAAAUUGGGAUUUUUGACGACGCUAUGUUAUUUAACUGGUUUGAUUAUGAAGGCAUUAAAGUUAAUGGUUUAAAAAAAAAUUCGAAAUUCGAAAUUGUGGGCGUCCUGUAAUGUAAAGUAAAUAAGAAAGCCUUAUUUUUUAAAGAUUUUAUUAUGUCAACUGUUUUGUUAUUAUUUUAUUCAGCUGUCAACUGGCAGAUGUGAAACGCAUUCUUACAGUGAUCAA